CUUCAGAAGGCCCUCCUGCUGCUGAAGAACAGCCAGAGCAGGACGUCCUGGGCAAGGGCCACAUCAUGAGAAAUUAUAAAAUCGGUCCCAAGCUGGGUUCAGGCGGAUUUGGUUUGGUGUGUGAAGGAACCCGCAAUGAGGAUGAACUCAAGGUGGCUGUGAAAAUUUCAGUGAAGGCACCAAACAUGCCAAACAUCUCAGUGCCUGGUCAUCCCAAUCGCCUGCCGUUGGAGAUCGGCUUGACACUCAUGGCCAAUAAGGGCCCCAGCGCUCCUCAAAUAAUUCAACUGCUGGACUGGGAAGAGGAGACGGACCACUACAUUAUGGUUAUGGAGCGGCCCUCACCUUGCAUGGAUCUGCUUAGUUUCAUGGAGCUCCACGGAGGAAUCCUCGACGAGCGCACGGCGCGAUACGUCAUGCGGCAGGUCAUUUGUGCCGCUAAGGCUUGCUUUGAGAAGGGUGUCUUCCAUCGGGACAUUAAACCGGAGAACCUGCUGGUGAACCCGGACACCAUGGAGGUCAAAUUGAUUGACUUUGGUUGCGGGGCCCUUAUGAAAAAAUCGGCCUUCAAAGACUUCUGUGGCACAGAACAGUACUUUCCUCCAGAGUACAAGUUCAAGGGCACAUACCAUGCCAAGCCCAUGACAGUGUGGUCUUUGGGGAUUGUGCUGUUUGAAAUGGUGUGCGGGGAUUUUCCCACAGCGGGCGACCUGUACUUGAUCGCCGCCAACAUCUGGACCAGGCCAGGCCUGUCACAAGAAUGCUGCGAUCUGAUUUGUGAUUGCCUGCAGCCGAAGCCAAAGAAGAGACUUGCUCUAAAGAAGAUCCAUCUCCAUGACUGGUUUGAAGUAUGUUAAACAUUACAUUAAGUACAUUAAAAUUGUGUUUUUGUUUCAGGUCAUGGAUUGAGACAAGAUGUCACGUCCACUCUUCUGUUCUCAGUCUGCGCUUCAUCUGCUGGACCGACACGAGUGACCUUUCCUUCCCUCCAUUCAGGCCUCAA